UAUAUACUUCUCAUCGGAAACCAAAAAAACCCACUUCUCUCUCUCUCUAAAACCGAAGGCCCAUCUCUCCAUUUUCCUCUCUCAUGGGGUUUCCUUUUUCUUCCUCUUUUCAGCAAUGCCAUGGAAGAUCACCACUGCUGCCGCGCCUGAGAACUUUCCAGAUCUGAAGCUUUCAAGACUUGCCGGAAUUUUUUUCUUCUCCUCCCUCAUUUUUGCUUUCAGGUCUGUUUGAGAAAAAUUGCAUUCAAAAAGUGUGAAGAUGAUGCAGAAGCCUCCACCAGAGGAUUUCUUACUGAAAGAGACCAAUCCCCAUCUGGGCGGGGGGAAGGUCACUGGCGACAAACUAGCCAGCACCUAUGACCUCGUUGAGCAAAUGUAUUACCUCUACGUUCGGGUCGUCAAGGCGAAAGACUUGCCCGGGAAAGAUGUCACCGGGAGCUGCGACCCCUACGUCGAGGUUAAGCUUGGAAACUACAAAGGUACCACUCGCCAUUUCGAGAAGAAGUCGAAUCCCGAAUGGAAUCAGGUGUUUGCCUUUUCGAAGGAUCGGAUUCAGGCUUCGGUUCUUGAGGUGAUUGUGAAGGAUAAGGAUUUUGUGAAGGAUGACUUCAUGGGGAGGGUUCUUUUCGACAUGAAUGAGGUCCCGAGAAGGGUACCGCCCGAUAGUCCCCUGGCGCCGCAAUGGUAUCGGUUGGAUGAUAGGAAGGGGGACAAGGUGAAAGGAGAGCUGAUGUUGGCUGUUUGGAUGGGAACGCAGGCAGAUGAAGCAUUUUCCGAGGCUUGGAAUUCGGAUGCUGCAACCGUGAGCGGAGCUGAUGGGAUCGCGAAUAUUCGGUCGAAGGUGUAUCUUUCCGCUAAGCUUUGGUACUUGAGGGUGAAUAUCAUUGAAGCUCAGGAUCUGCAGCCGAGUGAUAAGGGUCGGUAUCCRGAGGUUUUUGUGAAGGCUAUACUUGGAAAUCAGGCUUUGAGAACUAGAAUUUCGCAGUCUAGAACUAUCAAUCCAAUGUGGAAUGAGGAUUUGAUGUUUGUUGCGGCCGAACCAUUUGAAGAGCCUUUGAUACUAAGUGUGGAAGACCGAGUUGCACCGAACAAGGAUGAGGUUUUGGGACGGUGUGCAAUCCCGCUGCAGUAUGUCGAUAGGAGAUUGGACCAUAGACCUGUGAACACAAAGUGGUUCAAUCUUGAGAAACACGUUGUUGUUGUUGAAGGGGAGAAGAAGAAGGAAAUCAAGUUCUCUAGUAGGAUUCACAUGAGGAUUUGUUUGGAAGGUGGCUACCAUGUUUUGGAUGAAUCGACACAUUACAGUAGCGAUCUCCGACCGACCGCAAAACAACUGUGGAAGAACCACAUUGGGGUGUUAGAAUUGGGGAUUCUGAAUGCUCAGGGGCUAAUGCCAAUGAAGACGAAAGAUGGGCGAGGAACGACYGAUGCGUACUGUGUGGCGAAAUACGGGCAGAAGUGGGUUCGAACGAGGACGAUCAUCGACAGUUUCAUGCCCAAGUGGAAUGAGCAGUACACUUGGGAGGUUUUUGACCCCUGCACUGUCAUCACAAUUGGGGUUUUCGACAACUGCCAUCUGCACGGCGGGGAUAAGGCUGGAGCAGCGAAAGAUGCACGGAUAGGGAAGGUAAGAAUUCGCCUUUCUACGCUCGAAACCGAUCGAGUUUACACACAUUCAUAUCCUCUGCUGGUUCUGCACUCAAGUGGGGUGAAGAAGAUGGGUGAGAUUCAUUUGGCUGUGAGAUUUACUUGCUCUUCUUUGCUAAACAUGCUGCACAUGUACUCACAUCCCCUCCUCCCCAAAAUGCACUAUCUUCACCCAUUGACUGUUAGCCAACUCGAUAGCCUACGGCACCAGGCGACUCAGAUCGUCUCGAUGAGGCUGAACCGUGCCGAGCCCCCGCUGCGAAAAGAGGUCGUCGAGUAUAUGCUCGACGUAGGCUCCCACAUGUGGAGUAUGAGGAGAAGCAAGGCGAAUUUCUUCAGAAUCAUGGGAGUUUUCAGUGGCUUGAUUGCAGUUGGGAAAUGGUUUGAUCAGAUUUGCAAUUGGAGAAACCCAAUUACAACUGUUCUAAUUCACAUCUUGUUCAUCAUCCUUGUCAUGUACCCUGAGCUCAUUCUUCCCACAAUUUUCCUCUACCUGUUCCUAAUUGGAGUUUGGCAUUAUAGAUGGAGGCCAAGGCACCCUCCUCACAUGGACACCCGCCUCUCCCACGCCGACUCCGCUCACCCCGACGAGCUCGACGAGGAGUUCGACACGUUUCCCACUUCCCGACCCGCUGACAUCGUGAGGAUGAGGUACGAUCGGCUGAGGAGCAUUGCCGGGAGGAUCCAGACUGUAGUCGGGGACCUCGCGACGCAGGGCGAGAGGCUGCAGUCUCUACUCAGUUGGCGCGACCCGAGAGCUUCAGCAUUGUUUGUGAUCUUCUGCCUGGUUUCUGCCAUUGUUCUGUAUGUUACGCCGUUCCAAGUUGUGGCGCUUCUCUCCGGGAUCUACGUGCUGAGACACCCGAGGUUUCGGUACAAGCUCCCAUCCGUGCCUCUGAACUUCUUCCGGAGGUUGCCGGCAAGAACGGACUGCAUGCUAUGAGGAUCAACUGAACUUUUCUGGGUAAAAAAUGAUGGGGCAAAACAUGAAGAAGCUUUUGUUUGCUGGUUUUAUCACAUCUUUGUUUAGGGGGCAAAUUUUGGGGCAUUCAAGAGUUUAAAUCUUAUGAUGGCCUUCCCCAGCAGGUGAAGGCAGUUUUUAUUUAUGGAUUUCUUUUAUGUUAAUUAUCUUUUAAAUAGAAUUUCUUGGCAUUAUUAAGUUUCUGAGGUUUUUUUUCUUUUUUUUUUCUCUUUCUUUUUCAGUUUAGAUUAUGACUAGAAUUCCAUUGAGACUGGCCAUUUUGUGGACCUUCAUUUUUUUUUUUGUGGUGUUUGGACUUUUGGAUUUAUCUAUUUUGUACAUAAUGUAUCCUAAGGAUGAUUUAGCAUUUUCA